CGUAAUCCCUUUUAGAGGCCAGACACCUUCAAUCUCGAUCAUAUGUGUCCGAAAAAGAUUAAAAACCACAAGCUCGAAACUUAUUUUGAAACGGAGAAAGCAUACGUUAAAUAAAGAAUAAAAAAUGACAAAACAAGCAUCUUCCUAGGACAAAAUAGUGCUUUGGCAUUUUUGAGGAACCAAAAGCUUUGGUCAUCUGUCAACACUGCUGGCAAAAGCAGAGGAUUAGUUUAGUUAUCCUAAAAAUUUAUUGGGAGAAGAAAAAAAAACUCUUUCCGUUUAUCUUUAUUUGUCCAAUAUAUUAAAAAUAAAAAUAAUUAUCCUAACUUUACUUAUUCAAAUAAUUAGUAAUCACACCUUUAUUUAUUAUUUGUAGGAAAAAAGAUAAAUAUACAGUCAAACUAUCGUAAAUGGUACGCAGGUAUCCUCCUUCAUACGUUUGAGAUAUUGGUGCCCAUGUCAACCAAAAACUAGAGUAUAUAUGUCCUUCACUCUAACGAAAGACUAAAUCGAGACACAUGGCACAAUCUCAUCCGUCGAUAAAUGUCGGAUCGACGGACAAGAUUAUGACACGUGUAUUUCCGUUAGUAUAAAGGAUAUAUAUAUUUUAAUUUUUAAACGGCAGGAGCAUCAAUGUCCCAAAAGUAUGACGAAAGGUAUUUGCAUACCAUUACAAUAAUUCGAAAGUAUAUUUAUCCUUUUUCUCACUAAUAUGCCAAGUCUGGAUAAGUAAAGAUCGACAGAAGGAGUAAUCUUUAAUAAAGUCUAGAUUUGUUUUGUCUUCCAUUCUUUAAUAUUUUUUACUAAACAAAUGCAAAUACAUGCUUUUCAGCAUAUUACAAUCUGUAAAGAGAGAAACAAAAUCAUUGUCUUAAAAACAAUCUUUUGGCUAUCAUUUCAUUUCACAAAAAUCUCUCAAAAUGGCUUCUAAAGUUGUUUGUUUUCUUUUACUGCUAACUCUCACAACUAUUUGUAAAAGUAAAUCUUGUCAUCCAAAUGACUUAAAAGGUCUUCAAGAUUUCAAGUCUGGGAUUCAUACAGACACUUCUGGUAGACUAAGUAAAUGGAUUGGCCGCGAUUGUUGUAAAUGGGAAGGUAUACUUUGUAGUAAUGUAACUAAAAGAGUUGUAAGUAUAAGUCUACCAGGUCUCUAUACUUCAGAUGAUGCACCAAUUCAAUCUGUUAUGGAAGGGGAAUUGUCACCUUCAAUCACACUAGUCAAUUAUCUUGAAGUUAUCGAUAUAGGUGAUCUUACUGGUAUAACGGGGAAAAUCCCUUCAUCGAUUGGUUUACAUCUAUCAAAUCUCAGAAAACUCAACUUAUGUAGGAGCAAGUUUACUGGUGCAUUACCAGAAAGCAUUUGUAAGUUGUCUAAACUGGAAGAAUUGUAUCUCCAAGAGAAUGGUUUUUCGGGAUCUCUUCCCGAGUGUAUAGGAGGUAUCAAGAAUCUAAGAAGAAUGGAUGUACAUUCUAAUAAACUUUCUGGUGUCAUUCCUGAGUCUAUAACAAAGUUGAAAAAACUCGAAAGUUUGUGUCUUCAAGAGAAUUUCUUGACAGGUAAUAUACCAGAAAACAUUGGUAAUAUGCAAGAAUUGAAAGAGGUUGAUAUGUCUAAUAACACGUUAACGGGGAUAAUCCCUCGUUCUAUUUCUAGACUAAAGUUUAUGUCAGUGCUUUACCUGAACUCCAACCAGCUCGAGGGGGACAUACCGUUGCCUUCAAAGCCUGGGGAACUGUCUUCUCUGAGCUUUGUAAGACUGCAGAACAAUCGGCUUAGUGGAACGAUACCUUCGUCUAUUGGCUACUUGACAUCCCUUCAGAGAGUUUCACUUGAAAACAAUCAGCUAAAGGGUUCUAUUCCUUCAAGUAUAGGUAAUUUAAAGUCACUAGAAAUGUUAUAUCUCAGUUACAACCAAUUAUCUGGUCAGUUGCCAAGAUCAGUAGGCGGGAUUUCUGAGCUUCUUUACCUGAGUAUAUCUCAUAACAUGAUUGAAGGACCGUUACCUCGUGAAAUUUCUUCCCUUUCAAAUCUUCAAUCGCUGGAUCUUUCAUUCAACCGUCUUAACAUGUCAACCAUUCCCAAGUGGCUCAUGCAGUUGCCAUCACUAUCGCGAAUUUACUUGGCAGGAUGUGAAAUUCAUGGUGAAAUUCCAGAUUACAUACCAAAGUCAUUGUUAGAACUAGACUUGUCAGCUAACCAUCUUUCAGGAAGGUUACCAGCUUGGAUUGGCAGCUUUUCGGAGAUGUAUUCAUUAAACCUUUCAAAGAACAAGUUCGUGUCUGAGAUUCCUUCAACUGUCAUGAAUCUCGACAUUCUGGGAGUGUUAGACCUUCACUCAAACAAGCUAGAAGGCAGUGUAAAUGCAGUUUUCCAGAUAAAGAGCAGGUUUGCAGAAGGAUCAUUGACAUAUCUAGAUCUGUCUGAUAACAAUUUCUCAAGUGGUGUCGAGCAGAUUGGCAAGGGAGGACAACAACAUAUCCAACACUUAAAUUUAUCGCGUAACUUUCUCAAAGGUAGAUUACCAACCUCUGUAGGAACAUUGAAAACACUACAGACUUUGGAUCUCAGUUACAAUGGAUUAGGAGCUAACCUGCCAACAUCACUGGCCAACGUGACCGUUCUGGAGAGACUGAUGCUGCACAAAAAUCAAUUCACUGGCAGAAUCCCUGAGGAGUUUUUGAAGCUGAAUAAACUGAAAGAAUUGAACCUUUCAGAUAAUCUUCUUGAAGGAAAAAUACCUUAUGGGAAGCCAUUUCUUGAUUUUCCGCAGAGUUCAUUCUCUGGAAACAGAGGUUUAUGUGGGAAACCCCUUCUUCCCUGUAAAUCUUGAGCUUUAGUUGCUCUUCACAUAAUUUUCAAUAUAAAGGAUCAAACUGCUAAUGCAAUUCUUUGCUUCAACUGUUAAUGCAACUCUCUGCUACCUAAUCACUACAUACAUAUAGCAAGUAACGUAUAAUUCAUGAUAAGUAGCCAGAUAUAACAACAUACAUACCCUGUGUAAUCCCUCGAGUAAACAAGUGAGGUCUGCAGAGGGUAGGAUAUACGCAGAUCUUACCCCCAUCUUUGUGGGGUAGGGAGGAAAGAAACAAACUUUACACAAGCAGUACAGUAUAUAUAACUUUGGCGAUAAUCCAAACACAAUUCCAUUGCAAAUGAAAACCUUCCCCUCACAGCAAACAUUAGUAUACAAGAACACAAGCACUAAAAGUAUCCGACUUGGUGAAAAUCAACAAGUGUGCCCUUCACAUAUGAAGAGCUUUUCCACCCUCACGUAUUGUCAUUUACGAUGAGAACACUUAAAACUCAUGUUGCUGAAAAGUAAUUGAACAGAUUGCUUAAUUAUCAAACAAAAAGAAUGAAUUAGAAUCGGUUCCAUUAACUGUAUCUCAAUGUUGUCCAUGAAUUCAUACACAUAUAUAGCUUACGUAAGCUAUUGAUUUGUCCAGAACUCAUGUCAUAAAACGCUAGGUGGCAUACGAGUUGGCCCCAAACAGGCAAGUUCAAGGAGGAUUUGUAUGGUGAUCUGAAUGUGAGAAUCAUCCUUAACAGUUCCCGUUGAACCUGCUACACUCGUAAUCUUCCUGACAUUGAAGAU